AGCACAAAAAGUGGCCUGCUGUGUCCGCUUUUCAAGUUUAAGCCUGUAUUACGGAGAGCUGAUUUUCAUUUCGGUCCACAGGGACGAGAACGCUUGCGUAUUUGUUGGAUCUAUUUUCUUUAGGUUGGCUGUGCUGCGCCCUUCUCUCCCUGUCUCCUGUGCAAGGCCGCCAUCUUGAAUUUUAAUGUUAAUUUCUAAAAAAAAAUGUGUUUCCUGUGAUAUUUUCGUGUAGGGUGUCGUGCCAAAUUUGGGUUAGUUUAAAGGAGUGGUGUUUUGUUUCGUGACUGUUUUACAAAAUCACCUAGUUUCAAACUUUAGGCCCAAGUCUUCCCCACUCAAGAGUGUUUCUUCAACUCAGAGACUAAAUGCAACUGGACCAGGGGGCUUGUGGGCAUGAAGUGGCUGGGCGAAUCCAAGAACAUGGUAUUAAAUGGCAGACGACAUGGAAACAAGUUGACCAGCGAGCAACCUGUGAGCCAGAGCCAGACUCGCUCUCAGCAUUCACAGCGGGCAUCCCUACGCCACAACAAAACCCACCCCAGAAACCGAAGAUGUAGCCGCAGGUUUAAUGCAGCCAAUCUGGAGGCAGAGAGGCGCUAUGUGCCCUCCUCAGGAAUGACUGCCAAGGAGUUGUGUGAGAAUGAUGAUCUGACCACAAGCCUCAUCCUGGAUCCAUAUCUGGGUUUUCAAACUCACAAAAUGAACACCAGAUUUCGACCAGUUAAGGGAAGACAAGAGGAGCUGAAAGAAAUCAUCGAGCGCUUCAAGAAACAUGACAACUUGGAGAAAGCUUUCAGAGCUUUGACAUCGGGGGACUGGUCCAGAAAUCUUUUUCUUCACAAGACAAAGUCUCAAGAAAAGCUCUUCAAGCAACAUGUAUUUGUGUAUCUGCGGAUGUUCGCUACGGACAGCGGGUUUGAGAUUCUUCCUUGUAAUCGCUAUUCAUCAGAGCAAAAUGGAGCUAAAAUUGUGGCAACAAAGGAAUGGAAAAGAAAUGACAAGAUAGAGUACCUGGUGGGAUGCAUUGCUGAGCUUUCAGAGAGUGAGGAGAACUUGUUGCUUCGGCAUGGGGAGAAUGAUUUCAGUGUCAUGUAUUCAACCCGCAAGAACUGUGCACAGCUGUGGUUGGGGCCAGCUGCCUUCAUCAAUCACGAUUGUCGACCAAACUGCAAGUUUGUAUCGACUGGACGGGACACAGCCUGUGUUAAGGUUUUGAGGGACAUUGAACCAGGAGAGGAAAUCUCGUGUUACUACGGAGAUGGAUUUUUUGGGGAAAACAACGAAUUUUGUGAAUGUUAUACAUGUGAACGUCGGGGUACUGGUGCUUUCAAAUCCAAAGCUGGACUGCCAGUGGAAGUGCCGGUGAUCAACAGCAAGUACGGGUUGCGGGAGACGGACAAGCGCCUGAACAGGCUGAAGAAGCUCGGGGAAGGAAACAGAAGUUCGGACAGUCACUCUGUAGGCUCCCACACCGAUGUAGACUCUCAGGAAAUGCCAAAAACACAUCAAUCUGCCAGAAAAAGAACAUCCUCAUCAUCUGGCCUGAAGUAUAAAAACAGGACUCAAACCAGACAGACUUUGUCAAGAGCCCUUACUACCUCAUGUUCAAAACAAGGUCGUGUAAACAAUAACAGGGUACCAAAGAGACUAAAAUCCCAAUCCAAGCCUUCACUAAGUAAAGUCCAGUUGCGGUGUCGCAGGAGGGCUGCAGAGCCCAAGGCGCUGGCCAAAGGAGAGACUUGCCAGCUGGGUCUCAGGGACUCAAAGGUGUCGCUGUGUAAAAGUGUCACCGUAAAAAAGGAGAAGGAUGGACAGGAGCUGGUGCAGCAGACAUUAGGCCAGCGGGGCUGCCUCACUCGUCACGCUGCCAAGGAAAAUGGCAAUCUACCAGUUGUGCAAAGCAGUGAGGGUAGCCAGUGUUCAACGUACAGAACUCGCAGGUCCACAAGGACCCUUGUAAAAGCCCAGGAAACGGCAGCUGGCGUUAAGCUGGAGCCUAGUGCUAUGGAUGGCUUGAGCCCAGUCCCUGGUGGAGUGGUCAUUAAAACAGAGCCAGCUGACAUGGAGGAGUAUCUCCGCCAUGGAGUGGAACUGGAGCAGCCGGCAAUAGACCCAAGCUACUCCAGAAGAGGUUCCUGCACCAGGCGGAAACGGCUGACACGGCUCAGGACCGAGCGGACGAUUAAAUGUGAGGACUCGUAUGGCGAGCCGUUCAUGCCGGUGGCUGCUGGCCACACCGCUAACUUCUCAGACUGUGGCAAUGUGCUGUUGAGCUUCGCCGACCGACACAGGGACUACAAUGGGGUUGCCAAUGGCAGCAAAUCCCUCCGCAGGGACAAGGGUAAGAGUGGCUGCCGGUCACAGGACAAGGGGAAGAAGAAACGUCAGAUUACACGAUAUGAUGCCCAGCUCAUUCUAGAAAACAACACAGGCAUCCCCAAACUGACGCUCCGCCGGCGGAGGGACAGCAGCAGUAGCAAGACCAAUGACCCCAACGAUCCCAUUGGUUCCUCCAACCUUUCUGCCUCGACCGUCAACUCGGCCUCCUCCAGCAAAAUCAGCAUUAAGUUCAGCAAGGACCACGAUAAGGACAAAGGCAGCUCAUACAUAGCCAAACUGAAUAAUGGUUUUGCCCCUGUGGUCCAUAGUAACUCCACCAAGCUGAAGAUCCAGCUGAAGAGGGAGGACGAUGCACGGAGAAUAUCUCAGACAAAGGCAGAACAGAUGUCCUAUAAUGGGGACAUGGGUCAGAGUCUGGAGGCCAGGAAUGGCAGUCAUCGGACCCAAAAGGUCCUGGCGGACCCUUCAUCCGAUGAGGACAAUGAUGAGGAAGGGGAGGACGAUGACGACUACUUCGACAAUGAGUUUGAAGAUGAUUUCAUUCCACUUCCUCCAGCAAAGCGGCUCCGACUCAUUGUGGGUAAAGACUCCAUAGACAUCGAUAUCUCCUCCAGGAGGAGAGAGGAUCAGUCUCUGAGGCUCAACGCAUAAGCUGUGGAGCUCAUCACUUCCACCUUCCCCUGUAAAUAAAGAUGACUCGCUAAUCAACUGUUGUGUUGAUGUAAAAGAAGUACAGUAAUUUAAAAACAAAAAAAUUGCUGAAAAAUUAAGAAUCUGAAUGAACAUUACUAGAGGGUGCUGUUAACCUAAAACAAAUCUCUGUUAUUCACUUAAGUUGUGUUCAUCAAGAAGUGUAAUUUUAGUUCUUAUUAAAACUAAUUAACAUUGAUAUAGCAAAAGUUCACUGAUUCAGUCCAUAUCGUCUGUAUGGUAGCUGAGAGAAAUCAACACACUGCACAAAGCAAGUUUGGAAAACAUCUUCCUCAAUUUAACAAAACAUGAGCUACAAAAGUACACACAACAAAAACAAAUACAGAAACACACCGCAAGUAGCACAGAUAACAACAGAAGUGUUUCCAGGGGACAAGAAAGUGACAAACCUGGCUGGGAUGGAUUCGUUGUUCAAUCCAUUUGAAGUUACAGAGGUAUUGGAAAAUGGGCUAAACUGAUUUAUUUUAACAUUUUGGCCACAUGAUUCAGAUAUUACUGAUAUUAUUAUCAUUGAAGAACAAGCGUGUCUUAGCUGGGUUCAUCUUUUUUUUUUUUGUGUCCCCUGGAAACACAUAAUAUUUUUGCAAAAUUGCUGGUAGCACAUACUGGCAGUUUUGAGCAUCUGUGUUUGGUUGUGUUUUGUGUAUUUGCAGCUUAUUCGAUGAAGAUUGUUUUCUUAAUUUGAUUGUGUUUUGUCUAUAAGCAUCUGUUUUCCUGUUUUGAACCCUCUCAGCCACUGUACUUGUGGCAUUUUAACCGCAUACUAUGCUAAAUGUAACCUGCAGGAAUCGUUGUCCAUAUUGUUUCCAAAUAAUUUGGCCUGGUCCUAAGUGAAAAACGAGAUGUUGUUUUAAGUUCAACUUUUCCUUCAAGUGAAUGCACUUGUUAUAUUCAUAAUGGACAUGGAUAUUGUAGAAAGUGUACAGUAUGGUGACUAUCCCCUCUGUCUCAUAGGCAGGUUUUUAUUGAACUUUUGAUUUUUUUGUCUCAUAGUUUGUAAUUUUUUGGUGUGAUGAACCAUGCUGGAUGUGCAGUAUGGUGGGGUUAGUCCAGAGGCAUUAUAUUGAUCAGUCAGUCAGUUCAUUUGGAUCCAGGUGCCAUGUUCUUCUUAUCCCAGUAGCAUUCCUGGUAAAUAACCACUUAAAAGUUUAGUCAUUCAUUAAUUAUCAGCAUUAUUUACUGUCUAAGUUAAUCAUGUGUCUCUGUAUAAUUUAAUCAUGUUAUACUUUCCAUUAUUCACAUGAGCAUCGCAGAAAGAGGCUGUUAAAGCAGAAUUUAUAGUCUCACAUUAAAGAAGAAAACAACCACAGUCGUUCUGAAGUGUGAGCACUAACAAUAUGCAUGUGGACCUACACUGUGUAUCACUUGUAAUGAUGUUGCACAAUUAUUUUCCAGUAUCAGUUCAUUCAUAGUGCUGUAAAUUGAUAUAUUAAUUAAGCUGCAGAUUUCCAAGAAAUUAAAGCACACAAGGUUUUAUACUCAAUCAACAGUCACAGAUGUUGGAAAUUAAAUGGACCAUUGUUUAUUAUUUAGGAAGGGGGCUACUGUAUAAUUGGAACAUGGCACACAUAGUAGUUCAACCCUUUUAGACGAUUGAGAACAUAAACCAAAUCUACACAUAUAAAGGCUACCUAUAUCCUUUUUAAGUCUCUAAAAGUAAUGUACAGAACGACUGGCUCAUGUCCCUUAGCUAAAUUAUGACAUUAAUUUUCUCUCAAGUCUCACUUCUUUUUUAAUCAGAUUUUUUUUGGAAGCAUGUUAACUAGAGCUGCAAUGAUUGGUCGAUUAGUCACUUCUUUGAUUGAUGGAAAAUAAUCUGCUACUUUGAUAAUUAAUUGUCAUUUUUUUAGGAAAAUAAGUCAGAUUUCUCUGGUCUCAGCUUCUCAAAUGUGAAUGAAUUCUGCUUUUUUCUCUGGUAAUAAAAUCUGUAUGUUUUGGUUUAGGACUGUUGGAAGAGCAGCUUUCUGACACUGAGUCGACCAAACAAAUUGAUUGACAAUAAAAAAUAAUUGGUAGUUGCAGCACUAAAGUUAACAGAUGUCCAUCAACACUAGAGUUCUGAGGAGGAAAAAUCACAUUGUCUGAAAUGUUUUUACUAGCAUAGAAUCAUGUAUUCUUUUCUCUGUGGUGCUACUUUUGAUUUCCAUUACUAUUUGUUUGAAUUUCUGUCCUGUGUUAACUCUGUGUUGGUAGAUGGUGGCAGCAUUAACUUCGAACAGGCCCACAAUCUGUAGAAAUGCAUCCAUCAGUAAUAACACACUUUAUCAGGUUUAUCUGUACUUUAUUUAAGUUGUAUUUUUUUAUUUUCUUUACAGGAGCACGUAUACUUUCAGUUUUUUAGUUUGCAAAAUUGUAAAAAUUAUAACUGUCUAUCCAUCAGCAUUAGGUGCCUUAACAAAGAGCUUUUUGACACAUUUAGACCAAAUUUGUAACAUGACUAAUCAUUGAGGAGUAAAAAUGCUAAGCCAUCUGCUUCCCCUCUUGAAAUACUGACACAAUUCAACACAAGUCCACCGUCAGUCCUUCUGUAUAUUAUUUUAUGUUUGUUGUGUGGAAAGUAAAGAACUGCCCAACAGAUCAAGGGAUCAACAGAGAAUGAAUGUUAACCCACUUUUUUCUUGUGUUAAUAUGUUCAUAUCACCAGCAGCUAAUCACCGUUCUGAACCUGGCUCAGUCUGUCCUUCCCCCCUCCUCCGUCGGACGUCUCCAUCCUACACUGUAAACUGUUCCAGGUGUACCGUCUGUGUGGUCUUUGUCUAGUAGACAAGCUGUCAAGAUUUCCAAUUGAUUCAAAAAGUUACAAAAAAACAGGAAAAAAAAGAAAAAAGGCAAAACAAAUGUGAAUAGUUUGCGGACAUUUUAGCGUGUUGCGUGGGUAGUGGGAAACAUGUAAAGAGAAUUAAAAAUGGGCAGUGCAUAUAUUGUCCAAUAUGUAAAUCAUGUGAACACAUCUUGUACUUAUUUAACAGUUUUGAAUACUUGAAAACUAUAUAAAGUUUCUUUGUGACUCUUG